AUGGCUAAACAAAACCUGAUACCGACCGUUUUGCUCUUGUCCUGCGCAUUGCUUGGUGGUUAUGGGGCCAUGUAUACUUCCUUCAGAGAGGGCUUCUUCGAUGCCCUCAGAGAAUGUGUCUACCCCAGCGCAACAAAGCCAAGCCAGUGCAAACUUCAUGUUCCUCAUGCUUCUCAAAUGCCUAAAUUCACUGGAGUACCAUUUAUCGACGAGAAUUUCGCCCUCUUAGUCGAGUUCUUCCAGCAGGGUUUGCCGAGAAUGAAUCCCGGCGGGGUAGAGAGCUUCGAGGACAUUGUAGCCACUCUCUGCUGGACAUCUCAAUAUGGUGCUAUCUGGACCAUGAUCUCUCUUGAAGGACUACGAAAGGGCAAUCAAGGCACCGCUGUCGCCUAUACUGGUCUGUGGGGAAUGAUGUUCCAAGCUCUUACGGUCACCAUUUUUUCCCCAAUCUACUAUAUCUCUCAGUUAUAUCUGUCUCCCGCUCAAACAACUCAGACUUACGCGGCAGUCGACAUAGAAGACCUUGAAGCACUUCCCAGAACAAUCGCCCUUACAUACCUUCUUCCAACCUUGGGCCUUAUUCUCCCGCUCUUUGGUCUUAUCUCGCCUAAGGCUGCUUAUUACGCCAUUAGCGUAUGGCAGCUUUUUCCGUUGCUAAAAUCAGCCGUCCAUCCUUUCAUGCGCUCUCGAAAGAUAUUGAAGGAAGGCGAGAAGAACAUAGUUGUUGACCAACGCGGCGACAGCUACAAGAGAGCUCUGAACAGGGUCUACAGAUUUGCUUUCUUACUGGCCGCGAGUACGUACUUCCUGCAUUUCAGCUCCGUUUUACUCAAAUCACAGUCAAGUCUUUCGGCUACAUUGAAGGGAUUUUUCAUUCCGGGCUCUCUGUCACACCCUCCCACGUUUGCGUUGUUCAACCCGCCGGUCUCAGCAUCCGCCAGCCAGGACAUUGUCAUCACUUUCCUCAAAUGGGACCUCUACUGCGCCGGUGCCGCAUUAUUGAUAUGGUCAUCGACACAUGCAUCCCGAGUCCUCGGAGGUUCUGAGAUGCCCAAAACAAUUGCAAAGUCCCUCCCGCUGAUGGCUCUGGGUGGACCCGUCGCGACGGCUGUGGCCUUGCUGCGUCAGCGAGAUAUGAAACUGCUCGCCACGCCGAUUGCCACGAGCUCGGGUAAAAAGAAUAAGUAA